AGUACUGAUGCACUUGUAUGUGCACUUUCAUAAUGUUUGAUUUCGCCGCCGAACGGCGCUACUGAUAUGCUCAACGGGCGCUUUAAAUUUCACAACGCUCUUUGUAAACACGCGUCCUUUUCCGUUGACGGCUUGCAUGUCUUUAAACUAUUUUUGAUUGUUUGCUUUGCGACGUGUUAUUUGUUUUAUUUAUUCUCAAGUUGACUCGAAUCUUUCACGAAACAAAUUAUUCUUGUAGAGUGUUUUACAAAGCUGAUAUUUCAUUUGGACGAAAUGGAGCGUUAACUUGAUAGUAAGCUGGUAAUGGGCCUAAUGUUGAGUUCGGUUCAUGCAUCGACUAAUGCAUAAUCGUGUUAGAUUAUUCUGUGACAAUAAUAACCAGUUGUUCGUAUGCAAUACAAUAAAAUUACGUUCGAAUGUGAUGUCAGUGUAACUAUAAUUGUGCGCGUACAAAAAUGUGAUUAUCUUCUUGUAUUUAAUUGUCAAUAUUUAAAUGUUUUGGAGUACAUGCUUUCUAAAAUUUAUUUAUUGGGCAUGAAUGGACAGGUGCAACCUUCCAGGGAGAGGUUAGGAGGUUUUAGUAACAAUACAAUAGGUCUUUUUUCUGGAAUGAUUACUACAGAUCGUGUUCCAAACAUACAAUUAACUGGUACAAACAAUGGAUUACCUAUGGAUGAUUCCAAUGUUGCCACAGAAGUUGAUAGCAAAGUCAAAACGAAAUUAUUAUCUAUGUGGAAUAAUGUUAAAUAUGGUUGGACUAUUAAGGUAGUAAAACCAAAUUUCUCAAAAGAAUCUCCUGUAUGCUUGCUUGGUAAAAUUUAUCGUAAAAAACCAGAAGAAUUUUUAGAAAAAGCUUCUGAAGCAGAUAAAACUUUAGACACUGGAAGUGAGAUAUCUCUAGCAAUGGAUGCUAUUAGUUUUGAAGAUGGUAUAGAAGAAUUUAAAAAAGAUUUUACAUCGCGUCUUUGGUUAACAUAUAGAAGAGAAUUUCCUAUAUUAAAUGGUUCUACAUUCACUACUGAUUGUGGUUGGGGAUGUAUGUUACGUAGUGGCCAAAUGAUGUUGGCACAGGCAUUAGUCUGUCAUUUUCUUGGAAGAGAAUGGCGGUGGCAACCAGAUCAACCAAUAAAAACAGAACAACAAAAAUUAGAUGAAUAUAACCACAGAUUAAUAAUUAAAUCAUUUGGAGAUUUACCAGAGCGUACAUCUCCAUUUUCUAUACAUACACUUGUAUCUUUGGGUGCAUUGUGGGGAAAACGUGCAGGAGAUUGGUAUGGGCCAUCCUCUGUUGCUCAUCUUUUAAGCCAAGCAGUAGAGAAUGCAGCAGAACGACAUCCAGCAUUUAAUAACUUGGCUGUUUAUGUUGCUCAAGAUUGUGCAGUUUAUCUGCAAGAUAUAGAAAAUGUAUGUCAAACACCUGAUGGCAAAUGGAAAUCUUUAAUACUUUUUGUACCUUUAAGACUUGGUGCUGACAAAUUAAAUCCUGUUUAUACAUCUUGCUUAACACAUUUACUUACAUUAGACACCUGUAUUGGAGUUAUCGGUGGUCGACCUCGGCAUUCGCUUUAUUUUAUUGGUUUCCAGGAAGAUAAAUUAAUUAAUCUAGACCCACAUUAUUGUCAAGAAACUGUUGAUGUAUUAAAAGAUAAUUUCUCUUUAACAAGUUUUCAUUGUACUUCACCAAGAAAAAUGUUAAUUUCAAAAAUGGAUCCUAGUUGUUGUGUGGGAUUUUAUUUUCAUAAUAAAAUACAAUUUACAAAUUUUAUGGAAAUUGCUCCUUCGUAUUUGGUACCAGAAGAUGAAAAAAUCGACUAUCCAAUGUUUUUGUUUUGUGAAGGGAGUGGGAAAGAUCUCCAUCAAAAAAUCGAAAUUGCAGAAAAUAUAAUUCCUUCUACUACCUCUUUUACAGGUAAUGGAACGUACGAUGACGAUCUUGACGAAUGCGAAGAAUUUGAAUUAGUACAAUGAGAUAUUUAUCAUUGAAAAAAAAAAAAGAAAAAGAUAUAUCACGUACUUAAUACAUUCAUGGAUAGUUUUUGGAGAAGAACAUUAAUGAUCAUCAUUAAUCAGAAUUCUCCGUUCAUUCGUCCAUAUAUGUACAAGGGUAAAAAACCAAUUGAUGACUUUAA